GCUGGCUACAACAGGACAGACGUGACUGGGCCAUCAGACAAAACACUUACAUCUUGCAGAUGAAAACAGUCAUAAUUCUGCAGAGAAUAACACACACCUGUUAGAGCACAGAAGAUGACUGACCUCUCUGCAGCUGAAGAGGAGAAGGACCCUGAUAUUGAACUUUUUGUCAAGGCAGGGAGCGAUGGGGAGAGUAUAGGGAACUGUCCAUUUUCUCAGCGUCUCUUUAUGAUCCUCUGGCUGAAAGGAGUCGUCUUCAACGUUACUACAGUCGACUUGAAGAGGAAACCGGCAGACCUGCACAACCUGGCUCCAGGUACACACCCUCCCUUUCUGACGUUCCAAGGAGAGGUGAAGACAGACAUCAAUAAGAUAGAAGAAUACCUAGAGGACAUGCUGGCUCCACCCAGGUAUCCUAAACUGGCAGCAAAAAAUCGGGAAUCGAAUACAGCAGGAAACGACAUCUUCGCCAAGUUCUCAGCAUAUAUCAAAAACAUCAGGCCAGAGAACCAUGCGGUUCUAGAGAAAAGUCUCAACAAGGCAUUAGCCAGGCUGGAUAAGUUUCUUCUGUCCCCACUGCCAAAUGAGAUGCAGGAGGGAAGAGAUGUAGCAGAGGUGGAGUCUGUAAGGAAGUAUCUAGACGGAGACACACUAACACUGGCAGACUGCAACCUGCUGCCCAAACUACAUGUCGUCAAGGUGGUUGCUAAGCGAUACCGUAACUAUGAGAUCCCUGCAGAGCUGCGUGGUGUAUGGCGUUAUCUUGGGAAUGCCUACAGCCGGGAUGAGUUCACCAACACCUGCGCUGCUGACGCGGAGAUAGAAUUAGCUUAUCUGGAUGUGGCCAAGAGGCUGUCGAAUUGAUGAUUCAUAGUGAUGUUGGAGUAAUGAACACCCCACCCAAUGUGUGGAUGUGUAAUCCUGUGUAGGUUUCCUACAACCUAGAAAAUGACAGAGAAACAAAUCCUGGUUCAUUUAAUUUCAUAAAAUAACCCAGGCAACAUAAAACCUCCUUUCAUUUACAGUUCUGUAGUUUCAUACUUUUUCUUUAAGUUCCACUUCCAAUCAGACACAAAAACAAAGACAGCAUAGCAAGAAUAUUACAUGUUAAUAUAGCAAUAUUAAGUUAAUUUAGGAUUAUGUUGCAUUUUAAUUAUUUAUAUUUCCUUUUUUUCUUUGUUUUUAUAAGUACAUGGAAGAACACAGCAUUGAUAGCACAGUCUAGUCAGCCACAUUUGAAUACAGUGAAUGGCCUGAUGAUAAAUUAAUUCUAGGUUGAUGAAUUUAAGUGCAAGCCAAAGUGUUUUCUCUCAGACUAUACCAUUCUGUGGUUAAAGAGUGUCGUAUGUAUUGUAAAACCAUCCUGUGGUCAAAGUAUGUAGUUUGUAUUGUAAAACCAUCCUGUGGUCACAGAGUGGAGUGUAUUGUAAAACCAUCCUGUGGUCAAAGUGUGUCAUUUGUAUUGUAAAACCAUCCUGUGGGCACAGAGUGGAGUGUAUUGUAAAACCAUCCUGUGGUCACAGAGAAUUGAGUGUUUUGUAAAACUAUCCUGUGGUCACAGAGAGUCGAGUGUAUUGUACAACCAUCCUGUGGUCAAAGAGUGUGGUGUGUAUUGUAAAAUCAGCCCAUGGUCACUGAGAGUAGUGUGUAUUGUAACAGCAUCUUAUUGUCACAAAGUGUAGUGUGUAUUGAUAAAACCAUGCCAGGCUUAAUUAAGUCAGAGAUUGACAGCAAAGUGUUCA